CAGGACACAACGCUUCAUCGGGCCCUAAAUACACAGUUCGUUGGGUGAGCCUGCGCAUCGCCACGGGUGGGUGAUCGUAACGUUAUCCCUGCAUGAGCACGUUGCCAUCAGUGUACAAGCAAGGGAUGCGCGAAUAAGCCAGGGACGCGCGACCAAGUCUGCCAGGGCCUCGGUCAAGCCUGCACUGCUGGUCCCCCGAGUCCGGCGAGCGGCGCACAGGACGACCCUCCUUGACCCGCCAUGCGGCUCAUUGAAACCCGCACACGAGAGCUCGUCGAGUUCUUCGGCGAUGGCAUACCUGGAUAUGCGAUCCUGUCGCACACAUGGGAGGAUGAAGAGGUGACUUUCAAGGACUGGAAGAGGCCGAACCUCGCGAGGAUGAAAAGAGGCUUCUUCAAGAUCGACAUGGCUUGCCAGCAGGCCUGUUCCGAUGGCCUUGGCUACCUCUGGGUCGACACGGUCUGCAUAGACAAGAGGAGCUCUUCCGAGCUGAGCGAGGCUAUCAACUCCAUGUUCAGCUGGUACCGGAACGCCGGCGUCUGCUACGCCUACCUGGCGGACAUUGGGCCUCGGCAUCUCUUCUCGGAGCCCAUGCCGCAGAACUACGAGGAGCAGUUUGGUCGGAGCAGAUGGUUCACUCGUGGCUGGACGCUCCAGGAGCUUCUCGCCCCCCAUCAGAUGAGGUUCUACGCUAGGAAUUGGUCAGUGAUAGCUGACCGCCGAGAUCUAGCUGGGGAGAUCUCUAGGACCACAAACAUACCCGAGGAAUAUUUCCUUGAUGGGUGGGCGGCGCUGGGUCGGGCGAGCGUGGCAGAGAGGAUGUCAUGGCUGUCUCGGAGAGUAACCACAAGAAUCGAGGACAUGGCAUACUGCAUGCUAGGCAUAUUCGACAUCAACAUGCCACUGCUCUACGGCGAGGGCCCCAAGGCGUUCAUCCGGCUCCAGGAGGAGAUCAUCCGGACCUCGACCGACCACACCAUAUUCUGCUGGGCCUGGACCGACCAGGUGCCCCCGGGGUGGGCCAGCCUCCUUGCGCCAUGCCCACAGGCCUUUGUGCAUUCUGGAGGAUAUGUCCGCGCCCAGCACAACUCGUUCGACUCCCUGGCCUUCACCAUGACAAACGCCGGCCUCUCGAUCAGCCUGCCGAUCCUCCAGGCCUUCUCCUACCAGUUCGGGGUGUUAAACGCGAGCCACACCAGCAGCGUCCGGGCCAGGUCUGACAGCUUCGCCUGCGUGCCCAUCCAAGCCUGCCUGGACGCAGGCCACGUCCGAACAAGGGGUGUCAUGCGGAGGAAGCCGUUCCCCCCGAGCCCGCUGCUCGUGCACCACUCGUGGGCAGUGAGCCACAUGCCGUUGUGUAUACGUUCCUAUCCAGAUCCGCCCUCGGAAGUGCACGCGUUCUUUUACCGACAGAGCCUGAGGCACUCUGGCCAUGCGUUCUUGCUCCUGUUCGACGACACGCAUCAGUUGUCCGGCGACCAGGGGCCGCCCGUGAGGCCGGUGAGGACCCUCGAGUCGAGGUACUUCAACAGCAUCUCCCUCAUGGAGCGGUCCCAGGACACCGCCGGGAUAGAAAUCUUCCCCGAUGAGAAUUUUGACCGGAGGAAGAGCCUGAUAUUACUUGACAGCAGUUACACUACCGACGGGGUCUUGAUAAGACUAGGAAACCAUGAGAGGUCCUCUGUGAUCUUCCUCGGGGCAGAUUUCGGACCCAACGUCACGGGCGUGAAGAAAUUCGGCGGCGUCAUCCCUCCUUCAAGGUCGACAGAGAGGCCCCUGGGACCCCAGCUCCUGCAGGGCUUGCUGAAUCAGGUGGGUAGCAGGAGGGAAAAGGUGAAAUGGAUACGAGGCAGCGAUGCGAAUAGCGAUAGCCCUGCAGGUGAGGUCGGUCUUGAUUUUGGUGAAGAGGUCUUGUUUGAUGACGGCUCCAUUCUUCCAGUAUUUGUCACAUACGAAGGGAGGAGCCCAGUUCUGAACGAGUGCCCAGAUUAUGAAGGGACGGAGAUGGACAGUGACUCCAGCUCAGAAAUCCCAACAGCAGGCUGGCAGAGAAAAUCUGAAGCAGUCGAAGAUGACAUCGAUUUCGCGUCUGAUGCCGCUUUCUCCUGGAUGGCGGGAUAA